AUGUCGAUACAAAUGAAUGAGAAUAAAGGUUCUUAUACGGACUACUUGUAUAAGAAAGAAGCGAAAGGCAAGGUGAGUGUAAUUCCAGUUUAUUCUAAACUGUACUAUAGUCUAUAGUUGAAAAGAUAUUUCUGAAGAUAAAUGCCCAAGACGCUCAUAGAAACGUCAUUAAACGAGACGCAUCAUAAUUAGCCAUGUUUAAUAACAAUACUGAAGUCUAUGCCUUGUUUAUAUAUUUUCCCUGUACGUAUGUUUGUUAUAUUUCUCGUUUAUUUUACCUUCUCCUUUCAAGAGCUUAGUGCACUCGCCAUCUGCAACGCAGUAGAAUUCUGUGGACAAUGUCAUUGACAAUGUUCUACGAUGCGUUUAUCCUAGAAAUUCUGAAGUCCGCGCCUGAUUAUCAAAAUUUUCUUUUAUAUAGUGGGUUCCUUAUUGGGUCAUACUUGACGGAAAGUUCUUGAAAUUUUACGAAACGAACAAAAGCGAAAACGUAUGUUAUUUUAUAUAUUUCUCUUUAUAAAUAUCUCCUGUUAUAGAUUAUGUAAAAAGAGAAUGUACAUGCAGGAAAGUAUACUGAAGAUGCAGGUCGAUGAAUUUGCAAAAAUACGACAAUCUCAGUCAUGAUAUUGUUGAAGAGUUGAAAGUUCACGUCUCUUUUUUGAAAUACGAGACGUGUCUUGAAUUUGUCAAUGACAAAAUGACAAGGAAAAAUACAAGCUCAAUUACAAUAUGACAAGGACUUCCUUUUAUAAAGCCCUGGGCGAACAAGUGAUAUUUGACGUAAUCCCUUGACAUAAUUAGCCUAGAUUUUUCCACACAUAGAAGAAACAAAAUUUGAAUCGGCUGAAAGUUGAUGCGAGUGUAGUAGUCGAUGAGCGUUGGCCGGUGAAACCCGAGCGAAAGUUGCAACUCUCGUAUACUCUCAUCCUCGUUUAAUCAGCCAUCCGGGCUUCAGUGUUGUGGUUUGGUGACUCCUUGUCUAUACCUUUAUAUGAAGAGAUUUACUGGAGGUUUUGAUCUAGAUCGAGGUAAUUUUAGGAAUGUACCCAUGUAUAAAUAGGACGAAAUUGGCUGCAGUCACGAUUAUAUUGUAUACACAGGUGCCAUUUCAAGCUCUAAAUUAACAAAAUAAAGGUUUGAUAAGUGUUCCAAGUACGUUUUAACUUAAACAAAAUACAUAAUAGUGUCGGGAAAGCAUUGAGAACAGCCAACCAAAGUCGCCCAACUUCCUCGUUUGAUCAUAGGUUUGAUCCAGGCUUUAUAAGGACUGUCUAUACAUUUGGUAUUUCUCCCUCUUUACCAUGUUAAUAGUUGAAAUGAAAACUGCUAUAUGCCCUAGAUAGUCUUUAUGCUUUAUUACUUGCUUUUUGUUUUAGUUAAUUGGAAGUGUCGAAAUUGGAAGCAAAAGUAAAUGCGUCGUUUCUAAACGCAAGGCAUACAGUUUUCCUUUCAUACUCUGUGCUGCUCAUGGACGUCAUUUGUUUAAGGUUUGCUUGACCACUUCGCCCAUUGAGUUAUCAGUUGGAUAAACGUAAUAUAUAAUGCACGAUACAUGCCAAAGUUGGAUUGCCUUUUUUAAUACACCCUUAUAGUUAGUAUACUAAAUAUUUUUCAAUUUUCAUUCCAGUGCGAAUCAGCUGCCCGACGACAUCGGUGGAUGACAGCAAUUCAUCAGGCAGCCGAGGUAACUAACAAACCAAACUUGCUUUCUUGUGAAUUCAACUAUCUCGCUUUUCUGUUCAGUUCACGUAGUUCACUGAGUUUAGUGGAUAGCGAACUGAAAAAAACUACAUCUAUCUAUCUUUAUUAAUAAUGGAAUGCCGUGGUUUGUUUCUGAACUACUCACUAAAGGACAAAUUAAGGCUCAAACUUCGUCAGACGAUUCGGCAGUAUACUAUACAUAAACAGCUAUCUGAACAGUAAAAUAAGUUGUGCUAUAACGUUUUGUCUUACAGCUGUUAAGAUUUUCCACCUCCCAUGAAAACAACUUUACAAUCAGUGACUUCGAAAAUAAAGAACUAGAGAACAUCAUUGAUAACAGUGAAAAUGAUGAAGAUAUUUUACCAUCAAAUGUUUUGCUUGUUGCGUCACUUCCGACUGCGUGUGAUUCACCGUCUUUGCCUUUCAAGCUUCGAAAUCGAGUAAGAGAAUUUUCAGAUGAAAGCACAGAGUGUAAGUAUGCUGUAUGGUAUGCUUUAUUUGUUUUUUCUUUCUUUCUUCGGUUGUCUGUUUAAUGUUGCUCAUAUAUGUCCUGAAUUUUCAAUUUUCAAUGGGCAAUUCCAGCUUUUAGGGAAUGAUGGGAAGUAAGGUAUCACAUAGCUGAUUAUGCUGAAAAAAUAGAAAUGGUGGCCGCGUAAACACGGAGUGAUAGCUUAUACUGAUAAAAUUGAAAUAUUUCGGUUGUUUCGGUAGUUUUUAUUGAACUGAAUUUUUAAGCAUAAUCAGUCUUCCCAUCAUCCCCUGCAGGCAUAAACUAAAAGCUGGAAUUGCCUAUUGUUGCAAAAAGCCGGAAUAAAGAAAUUGACUGACAGUACAGUAUGCAACAGCGAAUACACCUAUUAGGUUACAGUUAUAUUCAGUAGUCAUUCCCGCAUAAAGACGUCAAGGCAACUGUGUGUCUUAGGAACCCAAGAUCUCACUUUUUCAGGUCUCUUGCUUUCUCGAUCUAAAUACACAUAAAAAUAUUUCUUUUAGGUCAAGACGGAAAGACAUCUCCAAAACAUAAAAGUAUUGUUUACCCAUUCGACAGAAACUCCGAACAAUCGUUCCAAAGAAUUUCUGAUUUGGAGCGAGAACAGUUUAGUUCAUUAAACAUUCAUUCGUCGUUUGAAAGUGAUUCACUUUCGCCUCGAGUUCGAAGUUUUCCGACGACUCCCGAAAAAGGUGCUCGCCCGAUAAGCCCUGCACUGUCACUGACUUCAGGCUCACCGUAUUUUGGGAAAUCUCGAUCGUUGAAUUCUCUGACGUCAUCUCGAACGGACAUGCGUUUUUCCCGCCAUAUGGUCAGCGGUAGUGAUUGCGGCGAUAUGGAAGUGUAA